AUGUCCUAUUAUAAUACCGUGGAUAAUUAUGGAGGUGGUUUGGAAGGUGAGUUUUUAAAGGGAUUUGCGAAGAUUUUGUGUAGUUCUCGAGGAAAACUAGAGAAAAAUUUCAUAGAUUUAUCUUAUUUUCAAGAUUUUCGAUGCCUACCAGCUUUUUCAAAUGAAGAAUAGCUUUGAGCGCAUGUUUUUUGGUGAAAAUUGAAGAUUUUUGAGAAAUUUCAUUCAUUUUUCAAAUCCCGCCCCAAAAAACUCACCAUUUCCUUGAAAUUCCGAAAAUCCAGCUUCAUCUUCACCUUUUCCUUGACCUAAAAUCAGAAAUUUUCAUAAAUUUCAACCUAUUUUGCAAAACUCACCAAAAAUCGAAUUUUCCUGCCUGAAACUCCUUCAACAAAAUAUUUCAAAUCCGCAAAAUUCAAGCGAAAACAUGAUUUCAAUAUUCAAAACACAAAACAAAACUUUAUAAUCACUUUAUUCACACACAAAAACCAGAAAACACACGAAAAAUAGAAAUGACGCGCAAAAAAAACAAAAGUAAAACAACGACACUCCGCGUGCCCGUUGUUUAGCUUGUUGUUUUUGCAAACGUGGAAUUUCGCAUUUCUUGAUUUUUAUCGAUUUUUUGGCAGUUUUGAAGAUUUCAAUGCAAAAUUUGGUGAGUAGUUUGGAUUUUUGUGAAAUUUAGUGAAAAACAGAGCUUCUAGUCAAGUUUUUAUGUGUAAAAAAUGAUUUUCGGUGAAAAAUUUCGUUCAAAAUUCCCAAAAAGUGCACUCAAAGUUCCUCAUUUACUUAAAAAUUCAUGAAAAUUGUGAAAGUUCGCAGAAAAGCGAGAAAUUUUGUGGUUAGAAAACUGAAAAUUGUACAUUUUAAUUUGACAAAUUCCAGAAAAUUCUUUUUUUUUUUCAUUUUCAAAUCAAAAAAUAUCCGAAAAAACUUCAUUUUAAUAACCCCAGGCUUAAUUUUUUGGCUGAAAAUACUCUUGGAAUUUUUUUUUCAAAAACCUAACGAGAUCUUUGUCACUUUGAAACAACACCUACUCAAAAUCCUUUUUUUCAAAAAAAAAAAGAAAAUCAAAUUUUUGACAAGGGCUCCGGCCUCAUUUUCUUCUUUGAAAACACGAAAAUCUUUUUUUUCACUUUGCUCAAGAAAUGUUUCCAACCCGACGAGAAAUUUGAUAUUUUUUAUCCGCACACAAAAAUUUGUGUUUUACUUUUCUCGUCAUUUUUUGGGUUGACACCAAAAAAAAUGUUUUUUGAAAUUUUCCCACACAAAAAGUGUGGCGCAAUUAAUUAUUUCUUACAUCUUUUUUUUUCACAUUUUUUUAUUCACAUUGAAACAUCAAAUUUUCCAGCUGAAAAUCCAUAUUUUCUGACUCAUAAAAUAAAAUUUUAUGCGAUUUCUUCUUCAAAAAUAUAGACAUCUAUCUAUCAAGAUAAUUCGAAAUUUCCGGCUCUAUAAUUUUCAGCUAUUCAAAAAAAAAUACAAAAUAUUCAAAUUUUUAGGCUCCGCCACUGUUCCAAACAUGUUUUCAGGCAAAAACAAUGUUUUUUCGCCGUUGGCCAGUGAAAAAGUUCGACGAAGACCGAGUCAGGUAAGAGCAUUUUGGGAAGGUUUGGGCUGAAAAUAUUUGAAUCUUUGAGAUUUCCGGUGGGAAUUUUUGGAUUCUAGAGGAAAUUUGGAGUUUUUUGAGACCAAAUAUGCUGUGAUUUUGAAAAUUCUAUUUUUGAGAUACAGUAGGAUUGAGACUUUGUGAGAUUAUUGUCUUGCAUCAAUUUUUGGCGCGAAAAACAUAGCUUCAAAACGCUGUGAUUUCUCAUCGAAAAAAAAACAUUUCUGAAUUCUGGGGCCAAAAUUAUUUUCUAAAAAUUUCACUGUUUCAAAUAAUGCCUAAUUGUUUUUCGAAAAUUGAAAAAAAUAAUCAGAAGGCUGGCGAUUAUUUGCUGCAUCAAAAUGUUUCCAAAAAAUUUCACUGUUUCAAAAAUUGCCUAAUUGUUUUUUGAAACUUUGAAGAAAUGUUCAUUUAACUGUUGAUUAUCUGAUAAAAAUACUGUAAUUUCCCUCUGAAAAUGGCGCCAAAUAUUAAAUUAAAAAAAAACCUACACGAGUUUUAGCGUCAAAAAUUCCCGAUUCAAAAUUAGAUUUUUUGUGCGUCAAAAUUUUUCAAAAACAAAAUGCACUGUUUCAAAAAUUGUGUAAAUUUCAUUGACAAAUUGAGAAAAUGUUUGGUGUUAAGAUUUUUCUGAGUCCUCAUAGUACUGUAAUUUCUCUCCAAAAAUCGCGCCAACAAUUUCCGAUUCAAAAUUCUGAUGUGAUUUAUUCUGACAUAACUUUUUGUUCAGCCGGCGCGAAUUAUUUCCUAUUUUUCCUACCAAAACCCAUGAUUUCUGGCGUCUAGAAAUGUUUCAUGAAUUUUUGAUCUAACCAUAUUUUUUUUCUGAAAAUAUGUAUAUAAAUAAAGUAUAUCAAAAAUUCUCCCACACAACAAAAACAAGGCAAAUUUCGCCAUCUCAUUUUGUUGAAAUUCAAACCAGCUCAGCUCAUUCAGCUCUCCAUUUUUUCUUGUUUUUUUUCUGAAUUCCCGCGCUGGAAUAAUUAAUGAAUCAGAAAGAAAAAGGGACUUUUUUGCCCAUUUUUUCUCCUUUUUUCUUUUUCUUCUUGUUUCUCAUUUUUUUCAUUAUAAAAAAUAUAAUAUUGAAUAAAAAUGUGCAUUUUUAAGACUUGCGCUAACUUUUUCUAGGAUUUUCAGAGUUUCUUUUUAGUUCUGAAAAUUAUAGUUUUUUGUAGAAAAUGGAAAUUUUGAAAAAUUAAUUUUCGCGCCGAAUUUAGAAUCAGAAAUUUUGUUUUCCUAUAUAAAAAGUAGCUAGAAAACUGUUUUUUUCAAAACUCGAAAAAUACGUUGAGAAUCUUUGAAACAGUAAAUUUUUUCAGAACAAUUUCGGUUGAAAAAUUCAGUUUUUCAUGAAAAAAUCUGAAAUUUUAUGCGAUUUUUGACUGAAGUUCUCAUAAAUUCCUGAUGUAGCACCAUUACACAAUCAAAGUUUUCUGAAAUUUAAAAUUUAUCAAAAAUCUUUGAAACAGUGAAUUUUUUUCUUGCUUCAAAUUUCUUUUCUAUCUGAAAAAAACGAAUAUUUUAUUUUAAAUCGGGAUUUUUUUGUUCGCCAGGUGUUAGAUUACACUUUCAUGUUUCAGGUUUCAUUUUUUUUUUGAGAUUUUCACCUGACUUUCACUAUGAGAAAUUGUUAUCUUAGAGUUUUUUCUCAAUUUUUGUUUUAAAUUAGGCUUCUUCUUUUGAAGCCUGAAAAUCAGACCUGAACUUAGGCUUCUCAAAAUUAAACCCCAAAUUAUAGGUUUCUCAAAUCUUAUUUUUGAACCUUGAAAAUUAAGGUUAAUUCUCAGGCUUUUCCAAUUUUUUUUCUCAUUUUCUGAAUCUAGAAAAUUGAUUAUUCGAUUUCAGGAGUCCCAAAUAUCCAAAAAAAAUUCACUGUUUCAAAAUUUUUUUAAAGAUUUUCCAAAUUUUCAGAAAUGCUAGUAGUAUAAGCCCGCCUGCCAAAAAAUAAUUGUCCCUGUGUUUGUGUAUUUUUUUGGUUGAAAGUGACACACACGAAAAUUUUUUUCUCGCAGCAGUCAGGAUAAAAAACAACAAAAAACACGAAUCCUAUCCUGUUUUUAGGCAAUUUUCUUUUUGAAAAUAAAUAGAGUCUGAAAAUUUUUUACAUUUAUUUAACCGCAUGCUUCCGCGCGGUUAGCGGAAAAUAAUUUUUUUCAAAAAAAAUUAAUGUUCCUAUUCUUCUAGUGAUUUAUUUCGGUCGUACAAAUAUAUAAAUAAAAUGAAAAAAAUUUGACAAAGAUUUAUUUUUUGGGUUUUUUUUUUGAAAACAAAAAAAGCCAUCAAGUGGGAUGGGAUUUUUGAAGUACACAUUUCACUCAUUUUACUAAAACCAAAAAAAUUCGUCAUUUUUUCAGUAUUUUUUUCGACUAUAUAAAAAUUAGCUGAAUUUUUCCUAUAGAAAAUCAAAAAUGAAACAUUUUGUUUCCGGAUUUUUUGAAAAAAUGCAAAUUUUAAAAAUCUUUUUACAUACGUUUUUUUUUCGCGCCAAAACUUACAGUACCUUCCUAAGUCAAAUCACAAGUUCAAAACUCAUUUUUCCUCCAAAAAACCUGUCAUCAAAAAUUCUCGCAUCAAAAAAAAUGACAAAUAAAAUAACAUCAUCCAUCUCUUGAUAUCUUUUUCGUCUUUUUUUUUUUCGAAAAAAAAACCACCAACUGACUUUUUCCCCCAACUUUUUGUCGCGACGAACAAAUUUCUAUAUUUUUUUUCAAUAUUUUUUGGAAAAACAAUUCCUGAUGAAUGGGUGGAAAUUCCAGCAAAUUUGAGGCGAAAAAUCGAAAAUCUAGUAUUAUUUUGUUGAAUGGCAAUCAGAUUAUUGAUGACGAGGAAUUUGAUGAGCGAGAAAAAUGGGUAGGGGAUUUUUGGCGCCAAAAAUUUAGAGGUACUGUAAGUUUUGGCGCCAGAAUUCUGAUUUUGGAUUUUAUGAAGCUGAGAUAUUAAGCUUCAAAAAAAUGCUGAAAAUCUUCUCUGGAAGAAUAUCUGAAAAGGUUUUACGAAAAUUGAAGAAAAUUCUGAAGUUCACCUGAAACUGAAUUUUUGUCUGAAAUUCCACGAAUGCUGAAAAUUCCUAAUAUUUUUGGCGGAAAAAAUCCCAUUUGAAAAUACGUUUCAAAUGUUUUCUAUUAAAAAACCAGUUUACUUUUAUUUUAUUAUACUUGUUUUUUCUUCCAAAAAAUUUCCUGUUUUAAAUGUUUCCUGAAAAACUUCCAGAUUUUGUCUAAAAAUAUUUUCUAAUUCCCAUCGGAAAUAGAAACUCUCUGAAAAAAAGGCAUAAUUCAAUUUUUCCCUUAUUAUUUUCAGCAGCCUUUUUCUCUCUGUCUGCUCUGAAAAAUACACAUAUAGAGAGAAAAAAAUUGUAUUUUCAGUGAGCGCCGCUCAAUUUUCAGCACUCAUUUUCCUAGCUAAAAAUAAUUUUUUUUUGCAGUUCGAUCGAGCUGUUCACAAAGUCUAUUCGGAGCCGCCGCAAUUAUUCACAAAUUCGUUGAUCGAUACAAUUUAUCAUCGAUUUUAUUGGUCGUUGAGAGCUUUGCAGUUUCGCGUUUUUUAUAAGAAUGAAGGUGGGUUUUGGCGGGGCAGAUUUUUUCACUGUUUCAAAAAAAUUUGAAUAAAAUUGAGGUAUUCUAAUUUUUGUUUAAUCAAAAUUUGGAUGUCCCAAAAAAAUCCACGUGAACUAUUCGAAUUCUCGCGCCAGAAAAUUUGAUUUUUCCGAGAAAAUUUUUUCACUGUUUCGAAAAUUUUUGAAUAAAAUUGAGACAUUCUGAUAAGGUGUUACAUCACUUUUUCAAUUUUUCACGUGGAAAUUUCAAAGUUCAAACUCUUGUCACAAGAUAAAAAUUGAGGAAUCCGAUUUUCCCGAAAAAAAAUUCACUGUUUCAAAAAAUAAUUGAAAAAUAUUUUCGCUACAAUUAAUAUGGUAUUCCUUCUGCUUGAAAUUAAUAAAUUAAAAUUCAUAAAUUCCUAACUUUAUAAUUGUAAUUCUUCUGUCAUCCUGAAAAUAUUUUUGCAACAAAAAAAAUUUUGACGUCAAGAUUCCACGUGGAAUUUUCAGAAUUGAAACUCUUGUGACCAAAAUCUUUUUCAAAACUCACUUUAUCAUGAAUACAUAUUUUCACUGUUUCAAAAAAUAAUUGAAAAAUUUUGAUUUGCUACAGUUUUGAUGGUAUAGGUUCUGAAUUCAUAUUAGAUUGAAAUAAUUCAAAAAUUCCAAACUUUAUAAUUGUAUUUCUUCUGUCAUCCUGAAAAUAUUUUUAAAAUUAAAAUUUUGGUGCUGAAAUUAACGAGGCUAAAAUUAGGGAAAUUCAAUUUACCCCGAAAAACAUUUCACUGUUUCAAAUAAUUUUGAAAACAAUGGAAAGAAUCUAAAUUCGAUCGAUUUUUUCUUGGCAUCUCGUUCAAAUUAAAAAAAAGUUUCAACGCUGAAAUUCCACGUGUCAAAAUUGAAUCUUAAAGUUACAAACGUAAAACUCUCAAUUUUGCAUGGAUGGAUUGUUUUCCACUGUUUCAAAAAAUUGUUUUUGAAAUUUAGAAAUUUGAAAUUUAGAAGACUUGAUGGUCUCAUUUCUUGUGUUAUCCUGAAAACAUUUUUCAAUUCAAAAUUUUGGUGCUGAAAUUCACGAGGCUAAAAUUAGGGAAAUUCAAUUUUGCUUUUGAGAAAAUAUUCACUGUUUCAAAAAAUACUGAACAACAUUUAAGCGCCUCAUCACUUUGAUAAAAUUGAAAAAUAAACAAAAAUUUUGAUUCAAAAAAACAACAAAAAAAUGCAUUUUGAAGGUACAAUAAAAUUUUGCUCCUAUUUUUUGUUUUGAAAAAAAUUACUGUUUCAAAAAAUUUUUGAAAACAUUUGAAAGAUUCUAAAUCUGAUAAACGCGUAAAAGAAAAAUCAUAUUUUUAUCCGAAAAAGUUUCACUGUUUCGAAAAUUCACCAGAAUGAAAAUUUAGAGUUCAUAAAGUAUUAUCUUAUAUUUCGAGUGAUCUAGAAAAAAGCAUGUUGUUGUGAAAAAUCAGAAUUUUUGGUUAAAAGUUCACAUUUGACUACAAAAUAAUCUCACUGUUUCAAAAAAUGUGGAAAACAAUUUUCCAGCCAAAAUCCAUAUUGGGAUUCUCAAAUCUAAUAAUAUUCAGAAAAUUUAGUUUUUUUGAAACAGUGAACAUUUGUUGGUUAGAAAUUCCACGUCAUAAACUUUUUCAUUUUUCCCACGAAAAAACACAUAUUUCUCAUUCUCAGGAGAACAUUUAGAUGAUCAAAAAUAAUACAAAUCCGAUUUUCCGGAUUUUUUCGUGGGAAAAAAACUUGAAAAUAAAUUUCUAUAUUUAAUUUGAUUCGAGAAUUCCACGUGGCGAAAAAGCGCCAAAUUUCAUUUUCAAAUUUUUUUUGUUUUGCAGAUAUGGAUCUAGACGAAACAGUGGAUAAAUGGGAAAUUGGUGUUCAACCACCGUCACUCGAACAACUCGCACAUCGAACACAUUUCAGUCCGAGAUGGAUCAAAUACAUGUAUGCCAGAUUCAAAAAUGUGAGUUAUACUUUUAUCACCGUUUCGCUAAAUAAUGGGGAAUUUCUUUAAAGCAUGGGCACAUUUUGUGCCUGGGAAACAUGCUCUUUUGAAUGUGAUACUUCUGGUCACUGAAAUUUUCCGCGAAAAAUAGGAUUGAUUACAGAACCGUCAACGAUCUGUGAAAAAUAAAAGUUUUUUACAAAAAAAAAAAAAGUUUUAAAAGUACCAACCCCAUAUUCCGCCACGCUUCUUCCUUUCACUAAUUUUUCCUUUUUGUACCACAAAUCUUCAUCACUCAUGUCGACUCGUUUGCUUCUCUUCAAAAAAUGGUUGAUUAGCUAAUUAAUUAAUAGGGCUGAUUCACGAACGAAAAAAAUGUUAAAAAUUCACGAAAAGUCAAAAAAUGUCGAAAAAACAUUGUAGGUCAAAAUUAGUUUUUCAAGUUUUUCAGCCAAAAAUGAUGACAAAUUAAUAUUUUUCAAGCUUCUGAAGUAAUUUCUGAUGAAAAUUGACCUUGGAAUUCACUUUCCAGAAGGUUUUGCUGAUUUUUCGUGAAAUAAACAAAUUUUAAAAUUUGAUGAAUUUCGAAAAAUUCAUCAAAUUGAGCAAAAUAGGGGUCUCAAAGCUUAUUUUCAUCAGAAAUUACUUCAGAAGCUUGAAAAAUAUUGAUUUGUCAUCAUUUUUGGCUGAAAAACUCGAAAAACUAUUUUUGACCUACAAUGUUUUUUCGACAUUUUUUGCCUUUUCGUGAAUUGAUCUUUAAAUGUUAAAAAAAGGAUUUUUUCGUUCGUGAAUCAGCCCUAAUAAGUGAAAAAUCUCACAUAUUGUAUAAUUUUAUCAACAUCGUCGUUUGGAUUUACGCUAAAUCUGAAAAGAAAACCACAAUCGUUGAUUCCAAUUGAAAUAUCAGGCUUCUUCUUCAAUGAAUUAUUUAUAGCGUUUCGAACUUUUCUCACAGGUUUUUUCCAAUUUUGAAAACUAUCAGCGUACUCUAUUAUUUUCUGACAUUUAUGAAAAUGCCCAAUCGCUUGAACUUUGUCUUCAAGUUCUGACUCGAAAUCCUGAGCCCAUAGCAAAAAUUGACGACUACUAAAUUUGAGAUUUUUUCGAUUAGCGAAAUUUGUCGCCGCUACAAUAUUCAAUGAGUUAGUAUGAUAAAAUGUGUUGCUGAAAACAAUGUCGACCAAACAAUUUCCACAUCCACAUGAAUUUGGUCUGAAAAAUCGGAAGCUACAACAUCGAAAUUUGAAUGAAGCAGUCUUACUUUUCAGUUGGUUUCCUGUUGAAAAACUUUGAAAGAAAAUAGAAAAAUACAAGCGAUGCAAUGAAAUAUGCGAACAUUUUUGUCGAAACAAAAAAUUAUGUGAUUUAUCUCACAAAUUAUAAAUAACCAGAUUUUGUAGCGUUCUUUUGAACUCAUGUCAGAUUAAAAAUAUCAUUAAAAUUUGAAGUGUGAAUUUCGAAACUCGAAUUGAUCAUCCUAAAUAGCUUUGAAAAUAUUUCAAUAUUGAUUUUUCUUCCCAUAAUUCAAAUUUUCUCCAGGAAUCUCCCACCGGAAAAAUGAAGGAGGAAGAAUUCAAAAACCUGCUGGCCUCAAUAAUCGCUCCCGAAAAAGCCACCGAUCAAUACAUUUCCAGACUUUUCCAGGCUUUCGCUGGAAAAGACAAGAAAACCAUCACUUUUGAGGUACUCUUUAGAAUUUGCAGAAUUUUUGGCUGAAAAUCUUUGAUUUUCAGAAUUUGCUGGAGAGUUUGGCUCAUGUUCAUCCACAAACCGCUGAAACCAACGCGAAAUGGACAAUGCGAUUGAUAACUGAAGGAGAGGGAGACAAUUUCGGGUUUAGUGUGAGUUUUUUUGGGGGAUAUUUGAAAAAUACAGUAAUCCUAGGAGUACUGUAGAAGAAAAUUUAUCAUUUUGGCGGGAAAAAUCAAUUUUUUGAAUUUUCGAAUGUGCAUUAAAAAUACUGUAGUUCCAGAAGUUUGUGAGGUAAAAUUACAGUAGUUCUAGGAGUACUGUAGAAUUCCCUUUGAUUUUCUCAAUUCUGUAUCCUUAUCUGAAACAAAAAAGUACAGUAAUCUGGAUUUUUUUUCUAUUUUUGAAAAAUUUCAACUGGAAUAUUUUUGGGUUACUGUGUUUUUUGAAGUACAGUACUUUCAGAUGAAAAAUACAGUUAUUUGGACUUAUGCUUAUUCCAUCCUAAUAUGUGGAAUUGUAGUUGGCUUACUGUAGGUUAGAGACGCAGAUAAACAAAUGAGAUGAUUAGAGACGUAGAGGGUUAGACAACUAGAAAAUCUGAGAAGCUGAGAGACGAGAGAGUGUGUCUAUUUUAGAGACGCAGGCAGCUUCUUGAAAAUUUCAAAAAUCAUAUUUUUUUUUCUAAUUUCAAAGUCAAUUUUUUUCAAAAAUCCUAUUUUGAACAUCAAAAUUCAGAACCCGAAUAGAAUAUAAAUAUAAAAAAUUUCAAAAAAAAUCUAUUGUCAUGCUAACUUCCCAAAACACUUUUCCAAGCCCCGCCCCUUUCACACAUCAAACAUAGCCAUCUCCAAAACCCGCCAAUCGUCGGCGAGUCGAAAAAUUUAAGAAUCCCCAAAAACAUCCCCUUUUCGUUCAAUAAAAACAUUCAGAGCCUUUAAUAAGACUCGGUGUACAAUUUUUGGAGAUCUUUCUCGUGAGAGAAGGUGUUAAUCACGACGUUACAUCAAAUUUCUAUGUUUUUUCAGCAAUUCCUCGACUUCACCCAAAGUGUUUUCCAACUAAACGAGGGAAAAAUCGCGGGAGUUGAGCUAAAUCGCGAAUCGAUCAAUCAAAGAGCCUCAACAAUUUUCAUGGAACUCGAUCAAGAUCACGAUGGACUGGUGACUUUCCCAGAUAUGAUUCGAUUUUUCGAGAAAUCUGGAGAAUCCAGUUUGAGCUCUUCUUCUUCAACACAUCCUGAUAUGGUGUAA